CUUCCAACCAAGUUAUAUAUUUACGCAAGUGUUCAACUACUCAAUUUGUUAUCUCCGAAAGUGUUCAACAACUCAAUUUGUCAUCUCCGAAAGUAAGAAACUUCAAUUUGUUAUAAUCACAACUAGAGCUAUAUAAAAAUGCAUUUUCUACUGGUUUUUGUUAUUUUUUAUGGCGGGUAUGUGGAAUCUAGUUGGGUACAAGAAAUGGAGAAUAGCAACUUGUUUCAAGGAGAUAUUCAAUUAGACCUCAAUGAAAAAGAAGAAUCAAAUGGGUAUGCAAGCAUAGUAGGUGGACGUUGGCCGAACAAUAUUGUUCCGUAUCAAAUCAGCAAUAUAAACAUAAACGACCAUCAAAGUAUUAUGAAUGCUAUAGAUGAUUACCAUAAAUUCACGUGUGUAAAGUUUGUCAAAAGAAGCAGCGAAAAUACUUACCUAAAUUUCUUUGUUGGAGAAGGUUGCUCCUCUCCGGUUGGUUAUAAAGAUGGAAGAGUUAAUAAUGUUUCGUUAGCUAACGGUUGCCUAGGACAUGGAACCAUACUUCAUGAGAUUGGACACAGUAUUGGGUUGUUUCAUGAACAGAGUAGACCUGAUCGAGAUAAUUUUAUUACUAUACACUGGGGUUACAUUCUUCCAAAAAUGCGAUUCAACUUUCUCAAACAAACUCAACGAUCUGUAGACAGCUUGGGAACGCCUUAUGAUUAUGAAUCAGUUAUGCACUAUGGUCAAACUGCAUUUGGUAAUGGUAAAAUUACUAUCACAACUACUGAUCCAUCAAAGCAAAAUGUUAUUGGAAAUAGAAAUGGAUUUAGUAAAAUUGAUAUUCAACAAAUUAAUGCCAUGUAUAACUGCAAAUAAGCUAAUAUAUAUCAUUCUUCAUUAGUUAAA